AUGGCCCUAGCGCAGCGCCAAGUGACGGUGCAGGAGGGUCCCCUCUACCGCACGGAGGGCUCCCACGUCACCCUGUGGUGCCGGGUGAGCGGCUACCACGGGCGGGGGCGGCUGCAGGGCGACGCAGCCCGGCUGCACAUCACCGAGCUGCAGGACCGCGACGCCGGCGAGUACGAGUGCCACACGCCCACCACCGACGAGAGGUACUUUGGGAGCUACAGCGCCAAGAUGACCCUCAUGGUCAUCCCUGACUCGCUGCGCGUGACUGCCGUGCCGCAGACGCUGAACAAGGUGGAGCGCGACUCCCUGGAGCUCAAGUGCGAAGUGUCCAAGAGCACAGCCCAGCACAGCCACGUCUCCAUCGCCUGGUACCGGCAGCGAGGCAGUGAGCCACCCGUGGAAGUGAUCUCCCUCAGCCGUGAUUUUGUCCUGCGGGCCGGGAGCACCUAUGCCCAGCGGCAGGCCACAGGAGACAUUCGCUUGGACAAGGUGGGAGAGACCACCUCUAAGCUCACGAUCUACAACCUCCACCCAUCAGAUCAAGGUGAAUUUUACUGUGAGGCAGCUGAGUGGAUCCAGGACCCGGACAAGUCUUGGUACGCCAUGACCCGCAAGCGCUCUCAGGGCACCAUUGUCAACGUCCAAGCCACUGAUAAGGAGUUCAGCGUCCGACUGGAGACGGAGAAGCGGAUAUACACCGUGGGCGAGCCAGUGGAGUUUCGGUGCAUCCUGGAGGCGCAGAAUGUCCCUGACCGCUACUUCUCCAUCUCCUGGGCCUUCAACAGCUCCCUCAUUGCAAGCCUGGGGCCCAACGCUGUGCCGGUGCUCAACAAUGAGUUUGCCCAGCGUGAGGCCCUGGGCCAGCUCAAGGUAGCCAAAGAAAGCGACAAUGUUUUUGUGCUCAAGAUCUACCGCCUCCGCCUCGAGGACAGUGGCAAGUACAACUGCAGGGUGACUGAGCGGGAGAAGACUGUGACGGGGGACUUCAUCGACAAGGAGAGCAAGCGCCCAAAGAACAUCCCCAUCACUGUCCUGCCGCUCAAGACAAGCAUCUUGUUGGAGAUAACCAACAAUGCCAGCAAUGUCUUGGAGGGCGAGAGCCUACGCUUCGGCUGCAAUGUGCGCUCAGGCUUUGGGCCCCAAAGCCGCCUCUCAGUCACCUGGCAGCUGGUGGACAAGCAGAACCGGCGCAGCGAAAUUGUACGGCUGGAUCGAGAUGGCACCCUGCAACCGGGCCCUUUGUAUGCUGAGCGCAGCAGCUACGGGGGCAUCCAGAUGGAGCAGGUGCGGCCUGGUGCCUUCACCCUGGAGAUCUUCAACAGUGUCAAGGCAGAUGAGGGCCACUACGAAUGCCGGGUGGCCGAGUGGACGCGGACGCUGGAUGGGGAGUGGCAGAUGGUUGGGGAGCGGCAUGCUGGCACACCAGUGUCCGUCACUGCUCUGGAGGCUGGCUUUGCUGUCACAGCUAUUUCCCGCACCCCUGGCGUUACCUACAACGAGUCGUUUGACCUCCAGUGCAUCAUCAAGCCACACUACCCAUCGUGGGUGCCAGUGUCGGUGACGUGGCGUUUCCAGCCGGCGGGCAGCACCGAGUUCCACGACCUGGUCACCUUCACGCGCGACGGUGGGGUCCAGUGGGGCGACAGGUAUGCUGGCUUCCGGACACGCACUGCCAUUGAAAAGGCCGAGUCCAGCAACAAUGUGCGUCUGAGCAUCAGUAGGGCAAGCGACACGGAGGCUGGCAAGUACCAGUGUGUGGCUGAACUCUGGCGGAAGAACUACAACAGCAGCUGGACGCGGCUGGCGGACAGGACCUCCAACCUGCUGGAAAUCAGGGUCCUGCGACCAGUGACCAAGCUGCAAGUGAGCAAGUCGAAGCGGAGCAUCACUCUGGUGGAGAACAGGCCUAUCCCCCUCAACUGCUCAGUAAAAUCUCAGACCAGCCCCGACUCGCACUUUGCUGUGCUGUGGUACGUCCACAAGCCCUCGGACGCUGAUGGCAAACUCAUCCUGAAGACCACCCACAGCUCAGCCUUCGAGUAUGGCACCUACGCGGAAGAAGAGGGGCUGCGGGGCCGGCUGCAGUUUGAGCGGUCAGCAUCUGGGGGGCUCUUCAGCCUGACGGUCCAGCGGGCAGAAGUCCGUGACAGCGGCAGCUACUACUGCCACGUGGAGGAGUGGCUGCUCAGCCCUAACCAUGCCUGGUACAAGCUGGCGGAGGAGGUGUCGGGGCGAACAGAGGUCACCGUCAAGCAGCCAGAUAACCGCCUGCAGGUAAAUCAGACCCACAAGAAUGUUACCAUCCUGGAGAACCAGUGGGUGACCUUGGAGUGCCUGGUCAGCAGCCGGACCAGCCCCUCGUCCCAGCUCUCUGUCGAGUGGUACAUCUGGCGGCCAGGACACCCGGAGAAGGAGGCUGUGGCCCGGCUGAGCCGGCAGAGCAUCCUGCGCUAUGGGGAGCUGGCGGCAUUGGGUGACCUGAGGAACCGGCUACACUUGGAGAGCCCAUCCCAGGGCUUGUACCUCCUCACCAUCCAGAACGCCACCGUGCGGGACAGUGGGGCCUACGACUGCCGCGUGGAGGAGUGGCUGCAGGACCCUAACGACCGCUGGUACAAGCGGGCAGAGGACCUCUCCGGCAUCAUCACUCUCACUGUGAAGCAGCCAGAUCCCACCUUGCAGGUGGACACAGCCACCUCCAACCUGACAGUGCAGGAGAAGGAGUCCUUCCCGCUUGACUGCAGCAUCCUGUCCCGCUCCAGCCAGGAGUCCUACUUCGCAGUGGCGUGGUACAACAUGCGGGCCAAAGAGGGAGGCGGUCACUCAGAGGAGGAGGAGAGGGAGGCUGUGCUGAGCGUGGGCCCGGAUGCCGUGUUCAGCCAGGAGGCUGGCCGCUGGGAGGGCCGGCUGCGCUUCCAGAGGCUCGCGGCAGUGCUCUUCCGGCUGACGGUGCUGCAGGCUGGUGUCGCCGACACUGGCAACUACUCGUGCCGCGUGGAGGAGUGGCUGGCAGACCCCAAUGGCGUGUGGUAUCGGCUGGCUGAGGAGGAGUCUGGCGCGGUCGCUGUUCAUGUGCAGGACGCAGGCUCCACCCUGCAGUCGGUCAUCUGCUCCAAUGAUGCCCUCUUCUACUUUGUAUUCUUCUACCCCUUUCCCAUCUUUGGCAUCUUGAUCAUCACCAUCCUCCUGGUGCGGUUCAAGAGUCGAAACUCCAGCAAGAACUCAGAGGGCAAGAACGGGGUCCCCUUGCUGUGGAUCAAAGAGCCUCACCUCAACUACUCUCCCACUUGCCUAGAGCCACCAGUCCUCAGCAUCCACCCGGGAACUAUAGACUAAAAGGCAGAUGCGCCCAGGUGAAUGCGCAGAGAGAGAAGCAGAGACAGACCAGGAACCCUGAGGAACAGGGUGUUUUUGUUGUUCUUGUUUCAUUUGUUUCAGUGUCUGUACUCCUGUGCGUUGACUGGGCUCUGCAGAGCACCCAGUCGGUGGGGACUGGAAAGUCUGAGACUUCUUCAAGCAGCUGUGGAAACGCAACCAGUCACAGGGAUGGACAGAGGGUCUGUGCACUUGCUGUACAUAGCAGAUAUUCCUCACAGAUUAAUUUUGCUCCCAUCAGUUGUUGUCCUUUGGGCCAUAAUUUUUUUUUCCAUUGUUUUUAUAUUCAGUCAUCCAAAGAACUGUAGACUUCCCCCUCCCUCCACACAGUGAGGGGUUCCCAGCACGCUUUUGGUCCUGGGACAGUCUCUUUGGAGUAAAUGUAUGUUUUCCAAACAGACUUCAUUCUUCUUGCUCAGACUCUGCGCCACAGCAAACAAGGUCUUUUCCCAAGGCCUGCUAAGCUAGCCACUCUCUCUUCCAAAGCAGGCAAAGCCAGGAUGACAUCCUGAGGCUAGCUGGGGUAUUGGGAGCUCCAUCUCAAAGACUGGCCAUAGUCUCAGCAUCUUCUUGCCUCCAUCUUACUGUUCUCUCAGGAGGAAGAAAUUCACUGUUUGGGAGUAUUCUCUGAUUUUGGGCAGACUGAAUAUUCAACAUGCUUGCAAUCGAGACAACUUAAGCAAUUCAUUUUGCCUCCAGAAACCGAAGGGAGAGGCAGAAGGGGGUACCUGAAAGCCCUGACUUUGUUGGUAGCAAAGAGGCUCCUGAUGCGGUCUGGCUUAUCAGAGGCGCACUCUUCCCUGGUCUCUGUGCUGCCACCUCUGAAGAGGCGGGUUACCUGUGUGCCCCAGUCAUGUGGGGAUGGAUGGCUGGAUCCACUCUAUAAAAACUUUAACUUGACCAAAGUAAUGACUCUAGAAAGGGGGAAAGCUCCACUAGUGGGGAUUCACCGUCCCUGGAUGGUUUGGUGAAGGAGCCGAGUCGUAGUCACGCCACGCAGCAGGGAUGUGCAGUUAACCAUCACGUGUCAUGAAAUUUCCCAGGGGCUUGCAUGGCCUCCCAGCCCAAGCUCAAACUGGUGAAAGAGUCAGCAUCACAUCUGCUCCCUGAGGGCUUCUGUGUCCCCUUGGGCUGAAAGAAAUCUUCCCCUCUGUGUGUGUGUGCAUGUGCCAUUUUCCAUUUCUGGGGCUUCAGGAGAAGAAACCAUUUUGCCAUAAGCUCCCCUUCCUGGCAAAGUCACCUGCUCUUUGUUGUGCACAAUCGCUGUGACCGAAAACGCUGUUCUUUCUGUGAAAGAUAUGGCUCUUGCAAACCAAACCAGGGCUCUCUCUGUGUGGGGCACCUAAGCUCCUAGUACCCAGUAAUGCCAAGUACUCCUGCUGUGUCCUGUGGAGGAAACCGCCUCCUCCCCGAUACACCCUAAGCGUUAUGUCUGGCGGAAGAAAAUGUUUGCCAAAAAUGGCUUUUUGUUGUCUUCCUUGAUGUCUUCCUGCCAAAUCUGGCCAUUUAUUUUUUGCAGCAUGGCUGAAGCCAACUGGGGCGGAUGGGUGAAGCCGCAAGAGCCCACCUGCCUCGCAUGAGAGAGGUGCCAUACCUACAGCCUCUGUCCCCUUCAGGGCGGUGGGACUGCUCUUUGCGAAGAGAAGGGGACCUCAGCAGAUGCUCUGUAGCACUAGUAGGUUAAACCCUGAUGCCUUGAUGUUUCAGAGGUGGUGAAGCCUCGGGUGGAAAUCUGAAUCAUGCAUCCUCUCUCCUGCCUGGAAGAGGAGCCUGUGUACCCCUACAUGCAUGCGGACAGUCCCGUUCCAGUGGCAGGUGAGUCGAGUCCAUCAGACGUUCGUAGUAAGCCACCUCUGCUCCUCCACGAAAACAGCAUUUAUUUCUUCUUCCGCUAAGAAUGCAAAAUUCCACUCAUCCCUCUGUGAAGUCUCCCUCCUUGAGAGGCAAUUGUUAACUGGCCCCGGCAUAUGCGUAGUAUCACACACCUAUAUAUAUCACACAUCCACCUACUUGUUUUCCCUUUCUGGAUAAGGAGUCUGCAAAGAGCGGGGUGAAAUGAUAAGUGAAUGGAAAUGAAGAACCAAGGCAAAAAGAACAGCAGCUGCAGCCAGUGGGUACUGUUUCAUAAAUGUAGUAUCUCCUGUACAUACUGCUUCGGGGAAGGAAUGGCAAUUCAUUUCAGCUUUAAAUGAGAAGAGGAAAAAAAAAAAAAGUCAGCUAGAGCUGUUCAUUCCUGGGAGAGCGCUGCGCUGCAUCCGAACCAGGCUCCUCCUCGCCAGGCUGCCCCAGCAGCGCAUCCCUGGAGCAGGGCUGUCUGCGGAGGGCUUUCCCGCAGCAACCUCCCCCUGGCUGAACCCUGUCCCUUCCCAGCCUCGCUGUGGGAGCCAGUGCGCUCUUGCACCGAGCCCAGGAUUUCCUGGGAAGCAGCUCCCACGAUGGUCACAGAAUACCUUGCCGGUGAUAUUUUUCCAUUGCUCUGGCAGUAUGUUGCUCAGUCUCAAACUUCUCUUUGUUUUUAUAAUGCAAACUUCCUGUAACAAGUUUUAACACAAAGCUUUUCAGACCACUCUCUCUGCUGUAACUUUCUGUACCGAACCCAAGAAGAAAGAGAGAAACCCUAUCCAUGCAUGAUGUGGAAAAAUGUUUGGGAAUUUUUUUUAAAAAAAAAACAGAAACUUUGUACUAUGUUGCACUAAAACAUGUUUUAUACAACACACCUGAGAGCUGUAGUAAACUGUGUUGAAAUUGUGA